AAUGUAAAUUCGAAAACUUGUAAUAAGUCAUAUGUAUGAAUCAAAUAUUUUUGUAUUUAUAACUUAUUGUGUAUACGAUCUUAACCUAAUUUUUGGUUUUCAAGUAUUAAGUGGUUGCAAGUCAUAUACAUAUAUCAAUAGGAGAUUGUUUUACAGUACGUUUAUACAAUAAUAAUUAUUAAAUAAUGGCAGAAAUCGAAUGGCCAUGGCAAUACAGUUUUCCUCCAUUUUUUACUCUUCAACCACACGCAGAUACAAAAGCGAAACAAUUGGAAGCAUGGAAAAGUUUAGUAUUAGAAUAUUAUCGGAUCACAAAACAAGCAAUUAUAGAUGUGCGAGAAGUCCAUUCGAGUCCUCUUUUUAAUAACAGUGCAAUUAAUCGUAAACUACCAUCUGAAGUAGUACUUAUAAUAUUGGAAGAGUUAAGCAAAACAGGAAAUGCUAUGCCUUUAGAUAAGACGAAACAAAGAUGGUUAGUUUACUGGCAUACAUUAGAAGAAUGGGGUGAUAUAAUAUAUAAUUAUGCACAAGAAACUGGUCAGAUUGGUUCCGUAUGUACUUUAUAUGAAUUAACGCAAGGAGAGGAGACAGUCGAUCAAGAAUUUCAUAAACUUGAUACAGAAGUAUUAAUAAGAUCUCUUAGAACCCUUGAAUAUGCUAAAAAGGCUGAACUGAUAAUGUUCGACGAUAAUCAAGGUGUUAAAUUUUUCUGAUCCAAUAUUUAUUACUCAGAAAAUACGCAUAUUAAAACAUUUGAUGUUAUUCAAUUAUUUUUCUAAUAAUGAAAAGUUCUUAAUGAUCAUUUUUAUAAUGAAUAUUGUAAUUAUUAGAAGGGUAAGUUAAUAAGACAUGGGGGAUACUUUGAUGGGAAGAACAAAUAUUUGUACUACUAAUAUUUCAAAAUCACUUCUACAAUAUAUAAAUUCUUUUUUAUAACAUUCUGUAUUUAGAUACAUAAAUAAUUAUUGUGUUCUCUCUUAUUCUUGUUAUUAACUAGAAUUCUUAUUACGAAUAAGAAUUCUUAACAAUGAAGUAUAUUCUAUAUGCAUAUUCCUAUAUACAAUGUGAUUUAAAUUAUUGCUUGUAUUAGAAAUUAUAUAAUGUAUCUAACAAGAAGUUAUGCAUCUCGAUAUAUUAGAAACAAGAAGAGAGUUGUGUAUAUAUAAAGAGUAUGUCUAUAAAUAUAAAAAUUUAUUAUA